AUUCUCCUCUCAUAAAUCUACUUUCCAAGACCAUGUGACUCCAGUGUUACUGGAAGGGGAGAGCGGUUGUGAUAUAUUUCGCUACUUCGUGUCGUUGCGGUAUCAUCGUUGAAUUGAAAAAUAUCCGAUAGAUCUGCUGACCGAAAAUUUGAGCCAAGUAUUCGAGAAGCUGUGACUGAAAAUAACCGCAGAAAUUCAAAAGUGGAGCGUAGUGUCCGCAAGUGACGCUGGCUACGCUGAUGAACGGGCCCACUUAUUGAAGGGGACCUUAGUGAGGGACUCGCCAUUGAUGGGACUGCGGAAGCCGCCAUGGGGGCGCGCGACUUUUUAAGCAGCACGAAUUUUUGCAGCGUGGUCCCUCAUCAAAGGAUCCCUAGAUCCACCAUCCGCUCAUUCAAAUUCACCGAGAAAAAUUGAUUAAAAAUGCCGCAAUACAAAUUGACGUACUUCGACUUCAUGGCACUGGGAGAGCCAAUCAGAUACCUAUUCAGUUACGGUGGUGUGAAAUUCGAAGAUAAUCGUAUAGAUAGAGCGAAAAUGUGGCCAAAGCUCAAGCCUAGUAUGCCAUUCGGCCAGAUGCCGGUACUGGAAAUAGACGGUCACACCUAUCACCAAACUUUACCGAUAUGUUUUUAUCUUGGUAAGCAGUUCAAUAUCGCUGGAAAAACCGAUUUGGAUUCACUGAGAAUUUCGGCGAUCGCAAACACCAUCCAUGACUUUCGAAAAGCUGCUUCUCUGGCCUGGUUGGAGCCGAACCCAGAGAUUAAGAGCCAAAAAACAGAAAUUCUGCUGAAGGAAACUUAUCCAUAUUAUAUGCAAAGGUUUGAGACCGACGUUAAGAACAACGGCGGAUAUUUUCACGGUGGAGAGCUGAGCUACGCGGAUCUAUUUUUCGCUGCACUUUAUGGACACUUCAACACACUUCUGGAUACCGACGUUCUCAAAGAUUAUCCCGCACUGAAACAAUUGGUGGACAAAGUUCAUGCUCUUCCACGAAUCGCUGAGUGGGUAGCGAAAAGACCAAAAACCAAAAUCUAGUUUAGCCAUUUUUCAUGCUGAUCAUCAAUUGGAACGAUUCCAAGUAUGUCCUUUCACCCAUAAAUUGUAAUAAUUGAAUCCCGGUUAAUUAUAUGAAACUGAAUUUUUCUCUUCAGUUUUUUGUACGUAUCAUGAAUAAAUUCGGAUUCAAAA